UUAAAAAGUUGGCAUUUGUCGACGUUAAUUAACAGAUCUGUAAAAAUAUUAGGACGCGAGUGGUAAAAACACAAAGUUUCCUUUCCUUAUCUUUCUUUAAAAUAGUUGUUUGGUUGAAUGACUUAACUUUAUUUCCUUUGAAGACCUAUUUAAGUUCUACUUAAACAAGAAAAUGUCGCAAACGGAAGCUUUUAUUGACGUUGUUGAAUUAUGCGGAAUACUACAAUGCUUAGGGUUCCACGUGAAAUCCAUCGACACUCAUUUUGAAAACACCAGUCACGACAGUGCCCGCACUGUCGUUGUCGACUGCCAGGCAUCAGGGCUACAUGUGGUCCUGGAAAACGGCAACGUGUCUUGUUCCUGCCCAACGGUAGCCAGCCAACAGAACAGCGGGAUAUGGCAAGUGUCUGGAAUUACGGGCGGCAAGCAGUUGGAUAAGGAAUUCGGCAGUUCCAUCCUCGGAUCUCUCCCAAAGGGGCAUCGGGAACGUCUUACUAAGCAACUCCAGGACAUCGUGCGAUGCAUUAAGGAACACACCGAGUCAGAAACGGAAAAGCAGAAGGAUGGCGUCACCAACAGAUCCGCUAGCAUGAUUGAAAUAAAAACUCCGGAAAAAAGCCACCUUCAGCUGAAAGCGGAUACGCCGACGCGAUACCGUUCGCUGGACACGCUCACCGGCUCCAAUCCGGGCCCCGAGCCGCUUCCCGCGCCCGGCCUUCUGUACAAGCAACACGAUCAGGAAAAUGACAGCAAAGUGCAAGCAAUGUGUCCCAGGCAGAGCACCUACACUUUGUCCACUCCAGAUAGCUCGAGACGUCGCAACAAAACAUCGAGUCCAAUACAAAAGACCUCAAAUUCCGUCCUCGAGAGUUUGAUCGCAGCAGAGAAGAGGGCGGAGGAAUUACGCAGUGACCUGUCCAACGUCAUUAAAGAAUUGAUGGACGAUGGAAGAUUUGAUUCAUCUUCCUCGCUUGCCUUAGAUGUGUCCAAAAUUUCAAUUUUAAAGGUUCCCGAUAGUUCAAGAAUUCAAUUCGCGUCAAGUCCCAAUUUAUCUGGCCUAGGAUUUCAAGAGGAAUUGACAAAAAGGCUAAAGGGUGUGGAAAGUGCCUCAACUUCUAAUUUGGCGACAAAAUCAGCAGCGAAAGACACAAAACCUUCUAGACUUCGAAGAAUUUCACCAAAUCUCUUUCGAAACAUUUCUAAUUCCUCCAAAGUUGACAAGGAAAAACAAAAUAACAACAAAAACAGCAAACUAACCAGUUUGUUCAAACCAAGAAUAGUGACACCAGUGCGGGCGGGUACUCCCAACACUGACGCAAGUCCAAGUCUUAGCGGAUCAAAGAAAAAGUUUAGUCAUAUCAAAUCCACAAUACCCAGACCGGCUUCUGCUGCUUCUAAGAAGGAUUAAUUUUCUUGUUAUUAUGAUAUAUUUUAACCAUAUAAGCUGUGCUAAUGUGAUUCGAAAUAAAGAUAAUAUUAAAAUUUUA